CCACGUUGAAUCCCAGAUGCAGUGAAAGAAGUGAGCUCGCUUCGGAGACUAUUUCAAAAUCUCUAGCGGUCGACAGUAGUAAACAGUUUAAUGUUAGACUAAGUUCAUUUUAUUCAGUCGCCUUCUAAUGUCAAGACAAAGAGUAAAGGGCAAUGUUUGGUUAAAUGUCUGUUAGUGUUGACUCUGCAGCAUUUUGCGUUUGAAAACAAGGAUCUUCGUGGACGGAACAAGCACUAUCCGUGUGUUAAGUCCGACACCGCUGACAGAUGUACAAGCUGUGACAAAGUGAUUACUUCGUAGCUGAUAUCUCCGCGAACGAUCCGGGGAGGCCUGAGCGAUGAACAUCUCCUCCGUGACGCUCCUCCUGCUCGGCUCCCUCUGCCUCAGCCUGCCGGCCAGCUGGGGAGGACUGCAAGAGCCCGACUCCACCAUCCAAGACCCCCAGAGUAGACCCCAUCUAACUGGAUGUCUGUCUCGGGAGCAGGAGACCUUUAACUGCUGGUGGAGUGCUGGAAGCUUCCAGAACCUCACAGAGCCUGGUGCCCUCAGGCUCUUCUACACAAUGCAGAACCAGAGGGAAAGGAGCGAGUGUCCACAGUAUUCCUCCACCCGCCCGAACGAGUGCCACUUCAGCAGGAACUACACCCUUGUCUGGGUGACCUAUUAUGUGGAGCUGCGUUCCGUGGAGCAAAACAUCACAUACGACGAGAAAUGGUUCACCGUCGAAAACAUCGUCAAGCCCGACGCCCCCGUGAAUCUCAACUGGACCCUGCUGAACGUGAGCCGUUCUAGGCUCCACUUCGACAUCAUGGUGCGCUGGGAGCCUCCGCCCUCCGCGGCCGUAGACAUUGGCUGGAUGAGCCUCGUCUACCAGAUCCAGUACCGGCUGGUCAAUAUGUCACACUGGGACAUGCUCGAUCAGGACAGAGGCACCCACCAGCCCAUCUACGGCUUACAGACGGACAAGGCCUACGAGGUGCGCAUACGGUGCAAAAUGCGGGGCUACAAGGACUUCGGGGAGUAUAGCGACACCAUAACGGUGCGUGUCGCUGAGAUACCCAGUAAAGAUGCAUCCUUCCCCAUGACACUGGUGAUGGUGUUCGGUGUGGUUGGCAUGGUGAUCCUACUCAUGCUUAUCAUCUUCACUCAGCAGCAAAGGUUAAUGGUGAUUUUGCUGCCUCCUGUCCCAGCACCCAAAAUUAAAGGGAUUGACUCUGAACUAUUAAAGAAGGGCAAACUGGACGACCUGACCUCCAUCCUGAGCAGCCAACACAUGUACAAGACCGAGAUGUUCCUCGACGAGCCGUGGGUGGAGUUCAUCGAGCUGGACAUAGACGAGCCCGACAAGAAAGCCCACCCCUCGGACACACGGCACCUGCUGGCUGGCCUCCGCGGCUGCCUGGGCUCCUCCCAAGCCCUGAACCUCAAGGAUGACGACUCGGGACGCGCUAGCUGCUACGACCCAGAGCUGCCCAUGGACGCAGAGGCCCUGCUGAUGGCCGCCCUGCUGCCCCCCUCGGAGCAGGCAAAGGCAGGGGAGGGUGGUGGAGGAGACGGGCAAUCUCUGGUAGUGCCUCAUGCCAACAUCGCUGGCCUGGACGCCAGCUCCCAGCAGACCCAUCCACCCGUCCAGAACCAGGUCAACUGUGUCCCGAACUGGGCCAACAUGGACUUCUACGCCCAGGUCAGUGAGGUGACCCCUACGGGUGGGGUGGUGCUCUCUCCGGGCUCUCUCCUGUCACAGAGCGCGGCGCAAGAGAAGAAGAAGGAGGAGAGCGAGAAGGGCGGCAAGAAGAACGAGGAGGAAGAGAAUAAGACAAACGAGGAGACGCCGAAGUUCCAUCUGCUGGUGGUGAACCCAGACGGAGGCUACACCUCGGAGAGUGUUGCCAGGCACAUCAGCAGUGAAGCCUCACAGGGGAUACCGGGCUCUUACCAGGCCCCACCUCCACCACCAGCAGCACCUCCUCUGAAGGAGGAGGAACAGCCUGGAGAGUACCAGUGGGGUCCUGUGACAUUCCCAGCAACCCCAGCCAUGCCAGGGGACUACCAAAAUCCCUACCUGCUCCCUGAUGCCAACCCAGCAGUGCCACCCAUGGCCCCAGUGUCUGACUACACGGUGGUCCAGGACGUGGACGCUCAACACAGCCUCCUGCUCAACGCCUCCACUCCCCAGUCCCCACCAAACUCUGCCAAACACCUACCUGCCAUGCCUGUCAUGCCCAUGGGGUAUCUGAGUCCAGAGCUAUUGGGUAAAACAUGCCCUGAGCCCCUUGUGUAGGUGGGGGUGGGGGGGUGGCUCAGGUCAGAUCAGACUGGGUCACAGGCAGUCUAUUUCUACCUUAAUAUCGCUUAAAACCAAAGUCGCAUGGAUUGGUGGGACAGUGGCAAGGAAAGCUUGGAGAGUCGCCAGCAUGUCAUUAUGGGCCAUUAGCGAGUGUUGUCGAGAGUUCGAUGAAAGAGAGUUCGAUGAAUGUUCUGCUGAAUGGGAUAAGGUGGUGCUCAAGUUGUGGCUUGUCGGUAAACAUAUUUGACUAUCAAGUUUGACGCCUGGGAAAAUCGACACCCCUGUUCCAAAAAAAAGUGCAAGCUUGCAGACACAGUGUACACACCACAGAGGUACAUGUGGCAAAGUCCAGACGAACGGCAAACUUAGAAAUUGCCAAACGUGCCCUUUAGCAAACAAAAAAAACCCAAAAGGGUAUCUACGGUUUGCAUCAGUCAAGUGUCACUCAAAGCAAGUAACACGACUUCUCUGUGAAGAUCAGAUCAUAAAUGUGGAUUUCAAGCGCAUAUCCCAUAAAUAAUGAAAGAUAGCAGUUUCAAUCAGUCUGGUAAAAACAUUGAGAGUUGGCCAACACUAAUAACACCAAUCAUUAUGGGAGGAGUCUGUGAAAAUGCUCCACAUGGACUACUUAUAAGAACAGAAACAGGCCUAAUACAGGACCUGGUGAUUACAUCCAGUGUGUGUUAAAUAUUAAGCAAAUUAAGUUAUGGAGUUUGCAGAUAAUCAGCCAAAAACGAACACAUUUUCAUAAUUAAGCUAAUGGUUUGGCAAGAAGAUGGCUGGAUUGCAAUUGAAUGUGUGUACCCUGUUCACUAAUGUGCUAUGGGAAUUCAAAAUGCAAAAUAUAGUUUUCAACAUGUGAAAUACUUUCAUGUUCAGUAUUACCAUAUUGUCUAAAUGAUUGUUUUUAUAUACUGAAACCUUGUGUCUUAAUCCGAAAAGAAUGUUAUGGUAAUGCUAUCACCAGUGUGCAAACUGACAGUGGGGACUUUGUCACAGAGCAAGCACAAACAUAAUGUGUGUGGCUGCACUUUUGGACGAAAGGCAGGAGUGCAUGCUAACUAAGUCUGUUAUAGCAGUGGUAGCAAUGGGAUUCACGUAUGUAGUUAGUGUUUGAAAAUACAAAAUUAUUUUUUUGGAAACGUAUAUUACAGAAGAUUUAUUAGUGAAAACUAAAACGGUAGGGAUACAUUUUUAUAAUAAAAACCUCAACUGCUUUCCCCCCUUUUUUAGCAUAUGAAGCCAGUUUAUUUGUGAACAUAGACAUACAUAUUCCAACUACACAACAACGGUCAUUAGCGUGUCCUGGUAACCGUUGGAAAAAAAGUUGCUUUUUAAUGGCAAGUUUAGCAUGAACCUACACUGUAAUUGUACGGACGCUAACUGGAAGUUGUGACAAUGUGUUAUGUUUUACAUGUUUUAUUUGUCAUUUUUUAUUUACCUGUGUUUUAUAGACAUGAUACAAUUAUUGUGAGAUAAUUGCAAAAUGUAAAUGAAGCUUGUCUGUCAGCCAUAUUCUCGUCUGAUACAGUAACAUGAAGUUAAUCUGAACCGAGGAGGUCUGUGAGAUAUACAGAAGGGACAACCUUUUUUAAUAUCAUGAUUAUAUCUGUGGUUCAUUGAAAUGAAAUUACAAAUGCUAUACAUGUCAUGUGAUCCCAAGAACAUAUAACGGUGUGCUUUGUAGUGUAUUUGUAGAUGCAAGCUUCUAUGUUGGGAUUGUAAGUCAGGUUGGUUAUAUGAAGAUAUAUAUCCUGAAAAAAGUUUUCUUCUAUAGCCCUUGAAAACUGCAGACAGAUAGCUGACAAGGCAGAGGUUUGUUGUUACAUGUUUGUGAAGACAGUGUGUACACAUGAAAAAUAAGCUAGCAAGAAUAUAACAGUAGUGAACGGAUGUGAAAUGAGGCAAGGUACGAUUUUUGUGGGUUUACGUUCUAUGAAGGCUAUUAUCUUCAGUAUUCAAAAUAGAAAUUACAUGUAGAAUUAUUUUAUGGCUGUAAAUAUACAACACAAGCAUGAUGAGCAAUGUGCCAUGGUUAUGUACUUUUCAAACAAACUUGCCUUAUUGGUGUAUCAAUAGGCCAUCGAGCCUGAAUCGAAUUGCUGCUUAUACUGCUGAUGAAACCAGCAUGUCAAUGUCAAAACAGAUGUCUUAAUGAAUCACUAUUUCAUGCGUAGUCAAGCAUUAUUACUUGGGUAUGCAUUUGUUGUAUCUCUCUGUACUUCUGCUCACACACUCUUGCCUGUGUUUCUUGUCUAUGUUGUGUAGAUGCCUUUUUCUGUACAUAUAAAAUAUAUGAAGAAAAUCUAAA